AUGGUCUUAGCUGUAAAGCUCUCCAGAGAGCAAGAGCUGAAGCAGACUUGUCCUUCCUGCGAUACCACUGAGGUUUGCAACUGCUCUUCCAUGGGCUUGGAUUUGAUUCCACCUGGGCUCACAGCCAAAACCACAGUGUUAAACCUGGCCCACAACAGGAUAAAGCACAUUCGAUCCCAGGACCUGUGGCACGCUGUGAACCUGAGAGCCCUGCUGCUGCAGUCCAACAAAAUCAACUCGAUAGAUGAGGACUCAUUUUGCUCCCUUGGGAAACUGGAGCUCUUGGACUUGUCGAAUAACAGCUUGGCUCACUUGUCCCCCGUGUGGUUUGGGCACCUCUUUUCGCUCCAGCAUCUCCACCUUCAAGGCAACUCCUACAGAGACCUGGGUCAAAGCUCCCUAUUCUCUACCCUGAGGAACCUGAGCUCUCUCCACCUGGGCAACCCGUGGUUCUCCACAAUAAGGCAAGGGAACUUUGAGGGCAUUGUGCUUCUUGACAAGCUGUGGAUUGACGGUGGCAAUCUCAGUCAGUACGAGCCGGGAAGUUUGGAGGUGAUUAGGAAGAUAAAUCACAUGAUCAUGAACAUAAGAAGUGUUAACAUACUCUCAGCAGUUGUCAGGGACCUUCUUCACUCUGUCACUUGGUUAGAAGCGAGGAAAACAGACCUCAGUGCACCUGCUGAAAUGCAGCUAUUGAGAGUCAUGUCGUCUUCUUUUGCAAAGAAAAUUUCUUUUAAACAGACUUUGAUAACAGACGCCACUGUGCCUGCGAUUGUCAGCAUUGUAGCAGACAUGCCAAAACUAGAGGAGAUCGAGUUGAUAGACUGUAGACUCUUGGGAACUGGACGAUGGAAAAUGCAAAUUCAUGUAAACCAGUCACAGACUCUUAAAGUUCUGAUGAUAGAGAAAUUAUCUAUAGAACAAUUCUAUUUGUUUACGGACCUUCAGGAUGUGGAAGGUCUACUAAGUCUUCUCACUAAAAUCACAGUUGUAAACACCAAGGUCUUUUUGGUACCAUGCAGGCUUUCACAAAAUCUUCGAUCACUAGAGUAUCUUGACCUUAGUUCAAAUUUGCUUGGAGACCAGAGUUUGGGGCAUUCGGCAUGUCAGGGUGGUUGGCCCUCACUGCAAACUCUGAAUUUAAGUCAGAACUCACUGAGUGACUUAGAAAUGACAGGUAAAAGUUUGUCUCAUCUGAGACACCUAAUUCUCCUAGACAUUAGCCAAAAUAACUUUGGUGAGAUUCCAGAUGUGUGCGAAUGGCCAAAGACCCUGAAAUACUUAAACCUCUCCAGCACUCAAAUUCCUAAGGUAACGACUUGCAUUCCCCCAACGCUGGAAGUAUUGGAUGUUAGCGCUAACAACCUGAAGGAGUUUGGACUGCAACUCCCAUUUCUGAAAGAGCUGUACCUCACCAGAAACCAGCUUAAGACCUUGCCUGGCGCGGCACCCAUCCCUAACUUAGUGGCCAUGUCAGUCAGAAGAAACAAGCUCAACAGUUUCUCGAAGGAAGAGCUGGCAGUGAGAGGGGCUCAGGUUGGAGCCGUGCACCUCUCGCUGAUGGAGUGCCACCGGUCCCUCGUGGUGUCGUUGAUCUGCACCUUGGUGUUCCUGGUCAUCCUCGCCCUCGUGGCCAUUGGCUACAAGUACCACGCGGUCUGGUACCUGAGAAUGACCUGGGCAUGGCUCCGAGCCAAGCGGAAGCCCAAGAGAGCCCCCCCCAAGGACCUUUGCUACGACGCUUUUGUCUCCUACAGCGAGAACGACUCGGACUGGGUGGAAAACAUCAUGGUGCGGGAGCUGGAGCAGGCCUGCCCCCCCUUUCGGCUCUGCCUCCAUAAGCGGGACUUUGUGCCCGGGAAGUGGAUUGUGGACAACAUCAUCGACUCCAUAGAGAAGAGCCACAAAACGCUCUUUGUGCUGUCCGAGCACUUUGUGCAGAGCGAGUGGUGCAAAUACGAGCUGGACUUCUCCCACUUCCGCCUCUUUGAUGAGAACAACGAUGCGGCGAUUCUCAUCCUUCUGGAGCCCAUCCAGAGUCAAGCAAUUCCCAAGAGGUUCUGCAAGCUGCGGAAGAUCAUGAACACCAAGACCUACCUGGAG